UGCUGUAGUUACUCAUGCACCCUUGGGGCGGAUUACUUAACCUAGCGGCGAAUAAACAUUCACUUUCUUCUUUCUUAAACGUACGGCCACGAUUUUCUUUUAAUUGCAUCAUUGUCGUAAAAUUCCAUUCAUGAACGAUUGCAGGAGUCAGCAGACGACGAAAAUAGAAACAAACACGUGCCGAAACAUGGCUGCCAAGGACAUCAGUAAGAUCGUUUUAGCGGGUUCUGCUGUCUGUGGUAUUCUAGUACUUUUCUACAUUUACAAAAGAAGAUCGAAGAGUCAGGAAAAGGAUGUGAGCUCUACCACAAAACCUUCACUGGAAGGAAAAUCAACUGUUAAAUCAGAUGUAGAUGUGAAGAAACCCGACAUUAAACUGGACGUACCGAAGACAUCACCAACACCAAAACCAGAGUCAAAGAUACCCCAGAAAAUACCAACUAAAGUUCAGCAAACAAAGCCUACAGAAACCAAGCAACCAACUUCCGAAUCAAAGCUACCGACCGCUUCGUCUCCAACCAAGGAUGUCAGAGCUGGGGGAGAGCCUGCAUCUAAGGAUGCAACGGUGAUCAAAGAUCAAACAGCUGUAAAUCAGUCUUCUCCAGUUCCGCAGUCUGAAGCAUCAAAUAAUCGUACAGAGCCACAAGAGAUUAAAGAAGAACAAGUUGUAACUAAUGAAGCACCUCCAGUUCCGAAGUCUGAAGCAUCAAAUAAUCGUACAGAGCCACAAGAGAUUAAAGAAGAACAAGUUGUAACUAAUGAAGCACCUCCACAAUCUUCUCAGAAUAUUCCAGUUGUUGAAUCCAAGCGACCAGAAGAGGAAAAACCGGAACCUGUUAAAUCCAAUGAAGCAUCUCAAGCUCCUGCUGCAGAUCUGGAACAGGAUACCAUCAAAAGUCAAGCUAGUAUCGUGUUGACACCAAAGCCAGCUGAAGAUGCAGCGCCAAUUCAGAAUGGAACAGAAUCAAGUCAGUCAACACGUUCAUCCAGCACUGUGUUAGAUGUUGAGAAAAUCACGAAAGCCAUCCAACAAGCAAAGAACACUCCUAAUAAUAUUGAUAAAGAAACUGUAGAAACCUUAGUUUCUUUGUUGAAACAGAAAGACAUUGAACUUCUUCAAGCUGCUUUAGAUUCUAUUGUUAGACUGGGAGCCUUCUCACAGAAUCAGAUUUUGUUAAGAGAAAGUGGCUGUAUUCAAGAACUAACUUUAUUAUUACAAGUACAUGCAACUACUGCUAGACUUGGUGUACAGACUUCCCAGAAUUUACUAGGACCUAUUAAUAAUGUUAUAAUUAAUAUGUGUAUGGAUAUACAGAACCAGGCUAGAUUGGAGGUGUGUAUUCCGGUGUUAAUAGAUCUCAUUACUUAUGAAAAAAGUCCGGAUGAUGUCCAACUGAUGUCCUUGAAGUCGCUGACUAAUUUAUCUACGACACCAUCUUAUCAUGAACAAUAUAUACCAGCUUUACCCCGAUUAUUCCAAAUGAUGGAUGGGAAUAAUACCAGUAUUCGUCUACAAGCUGUUAAAGUAUUAGUCAAUCUCUCUUGUAAUCCCGAAGUUUUACCAGAUCUCUUAGAAUCCAAGACUCCUUCAUCUUUAUUCAAAUAUUUGGAGGCACAAACAGAUUCUAUUUUGUUAUUACGUGUCAUCACACUGUUAGUAAAUAUGGUGUCCGGUGUUAAAGAGGGGAAAAUCACUGAAACCCGUCUGCCAUCGGAAAAUAAUCCAGCUAAUCCACAGUCUUUAUAUACCGCCUUAUUCGAUUCUUCUAAUGCUGAAGAAAUCAAAAGAAGAGUUCAAGGACUUUGUCGACAUCAGACAGAAAAUGUUAGCAAACAGGCCAUUCGGUUGUUUGAAUUGAUCAAAUAGAUUUAAUUAGUGUAUAUAUAUAUAUAUAUAUAUAUAUUAUCUAUUUAAUUUGUUUGUGCUACUUUUAUUUUAAAUAGUAUAAUUUAAAAAGAGGUUGCGUAAAUACAAAAAUUUGCAUACAAGACUCAUUCAUUUUGAUGCCAAAAAGAUGUGGUUUAUGUUCGCCUGCCGCAAAAAAAUGAUUUGAUGUCUUCGACAAAUUUUGGUGAUAUCGUCGGUUUAUUGAAAGUCCCCGCUUAAGUAAACAUAUUUAGUAAUAUAAUAUUGUAUGCCGCCCCGAUCAGGAUUGUUUUUUUUCAAUCAUACUGACAUUUUCGACCAUAAAUUAGUCAAGAUGAUACUUGUGGGUAAGGGUUUGUGUUGUUCUGGAGCUUAUCAGCUUAUUGGUGGCUCGCUCGAGUGGCACUGGAUUUGAUGGUUUGCCAAGAGCAGCGUCAGAUUUUUGGUUGGCCUUGUAUCUGUCUUUUUAGCUCCACCUAAUUCACUAAUAACAUCAACCUAUCUUUUAUAUAUAUAUAUAUAAUUUACAAUAAUAUAGGAAAAAAUCUUUUGUAUUUACAACUUUAAACGUCCACUGCAACAGGCUAAUAUAAGUGUUGAUGGACAUAUUUUUUGGCUUGUGUUUUCACAAUGCAAAGUUAUUAAACCUAGCGCAACCUCUGAUUUCAAGGUAUUACCCACACUAGCAUGGUAGUUAAUGUGUAGUUGAUGUAUGCAUAAUAUAAGAUAACAUUCCUUCAGGUUAUUUUGUUUACGCUUUAAAUACAAAUAUUGUCUUGUAUCUUUGCAUAAUUUAAAUAGGUAGCUAUCCUUGCAAUUUACAAUGUCAGUUGUGUGUUACAGUAGUGUAUGUUACAGUGAGCCAAAGGUGGGGGAUUUCUUGUUGAGGGUUGGGAUGGACCGGACCUACAUUGAAUAAAAAGAUGUUUUUCGGUUGAGGUAGUAGAUGAUAUUGUUUUAUUUUAUGCGAAAACAUGUUUGAUGUGUAUUGGGUUGUGUUUUUGUUGGAUGGGGGGUAUGUGCAAACUCAACUCAAGGACCACUCCAUUCGAUAUAAACUCUAGUUACGACACUGAUAGAAGUGGUAUUUGACCAGUUCAAUUAGAUAAACAUUAGUUAAGUUGAGAUCAAAGUUUCUAGUCAAGAUGUAGUUAUCUUUUAUAGGAUUUAGUUUAUUCUUUUUAAAGUCUUAUUCAUAAUAUGCCUUAGCUAAUAAAGCAAUUAAUCAAAGUUAGAAUUUAUAGUGUGGGAAUGUCAGGUGUGUAUUGUGUGUGUUUGGAGUGUGUUGAACUAUACUAUUCAAAAAAAGUAGGGGAUAUUUGAUUUUUAAGUG